AUGGUCUCCGUUUAUCCAGGAAUUCCUCGAGAUUUUCCCUUGCCCUUACUCGGAUCGUAUGCGGCAAUAGGUAUUGAUGCAUAUACUUGUGCCAACCGCUUCUCUCGAUUGGGCGCGUAUGGUUACAGUGACGAUCCCCAACCACACAUAAAUUUGAGUGAAGCCAAUUGGGGAGCACUGCAGUUACAAUGCGUUGAAAGGAAUGCCGCAAGAUACUCGACGAGGCAGACUGACUCUCAUUCGAUCAAAUCUAUUCUUCCUCUCCACCCUCCUCUUUCUUCAAGGAAGUUCCUCCGCGAUCGACCGAGCUCUGCUACUCGCGACUUGAAACACAAAUCAAGAUCGGCUGUCAUACUACGUGCGUGGCAUGAUAUAGAUUGGACUGAGAACCUCAAACAAUGUGUGCGAUCUCUUAUCAUGGAACUGUCGUUACACUCCGGCGGUGAGUAUGAGGUCUUCAUCUUGUGUCAUGUUAAAGACAAGGACAUUCCCUAUACAGACGAUGAUGAGGCUAUGCAAUCUGUUAAGUCUCGCUUUGUGCCACGCGAGUUUUUGGACGUGACCAUACUUUUUAACGAUGAGACCUUGAAAACUUGGUACCCUAAAGUCGAUGAACACAGCACCAAUUACCAGUAUUGGCAACCGGUUCAGAUAUUUUCGCAAUCGUUUCAGGAGUUUGAAUACUACUGGCAACUGGAAAUGGAUGCCAGAUUUAUGGGGCACAGCUAUCAUUUCCUUGAAAAGUCCGUGGAAUUUGCAAAGAGACAACCGCGGAAAUAUCUCUGGGAGCGCAACGCCUAUUUCUACCUUCCAGGGAUACACGGGAGCUGGCAGGACUUUGUACGGAUGGUCGGCUCCUCUGUGAAUGGCCGAGGCAGUGUUUGGGGGCCCCAGGGCACCUCAGAUACAACGCCAGUAGGCCCCAAGCCAACUACGCCGUCUCCGGAGGACGAUAAGUACGAAUGGGGUGUCGGGGAAGAAGCAGAUUUUAUCUCCUUCUUACCGAUCUUCGACCCCGUAGAUACAAAGUGGACGUUCUCGAACAGACUAUGGGGUGUGUCCGAGAAUACUCCACGCCGAGCAUCUCCCGUUGCAAUGGGGCGCAUAUCAAAGAUCCUGGUGCAACAAAUGCAUGAUCUGCAAAUCCAAGGAAUGGGACUUGUUUCCGAAAUGACAGCUCCUUCACUUGCCCUCUGGCAUGGCCUCAAAGCCGUCCAUGUACCGCAUCCUGUGUACAUUGAUGGCAAAUGGACAGCCAAAGAACUUGGACGCAUCUUAAACCCAGGUGAACCCCAGAAAAUCAACGGGGGAAGCGAUAGUAUUUGGAACUGGGACCACCGCUGGGACCACAUCCUCUAUCGAUUAUCUUAUAUGUUCUCUACCCAGACCUCAGAAGACCUUUACCGGCGAUGGCUGGGCUACCCGAUUGACCCCAAUCAAUUUACCGACGGUAGUUAUCACCAGGAUCCACAGGGUCGAAAUUGGUUCGAUGGCGGUGACUUGCGAGAGGAUUUAUACGGACCACUCUGUUUUCCAUCUAUGCUACUUCAUCCUGUUAAGAAUACCGCUGAGAAGAAAGGCCCAGGCAUGGCAGUUCCUGUUUGA